AUGGUGUCAGCGGUCUGUGGGACCAGGUUGCAUCCUCGCUUUAUUGGGCCGUUUACGGUUGUGGCCAAGCAGGGCAUAGCGUAUACGCUCAACCUCCCACGCAAGAUGCGAACACACCCAGUGUUUUGCGUCGGAUUGAUUAAGCCUUACGUUGAUUCGUUGCUGGUAAAUCACGAGGCGCUGGCGCCGAGAGAGUUUACGAUGCCACAAGUCGAGGAACCCUCAAGAGAAGAUCCAGUUGUCCUUCAAGAAGCGCCACUCGGUCACGCAUACCGUGCACCUCGUGCACUUACUCGUCAACGACGCGUCGAGAUUCACCUACCAAUGCCUGCUCUUGUUGACGAUCAAGAAAAUCAACAGCACCAUGUUGAACGAAUCCUUCAGCGACGUCGUCGCGACGGUUAG